AUGGAUAUUUACGGUGUAGGCCGUCGUGGCCUUCAUCAAAUGGUCGCUCGAGCUGAUAAUAAUUCCAAUUCAGCCACCGGUCUAGUCUGGGUCCUAGUUCCCUCAUUGAUUUCUGCAGUGGCUAUGGCUCUCGUUUUCAUCAUUCUGCGGCGGAGUGAGCGCCGCAUGUAUAUGCCUCGGACGUACGUGGGUAGUUUGCGUCCCUCCGAGCGCACGCCUUCCUCCCCCACCGGUCUGCUGAAUUGGGUCAAGUCCAUGUACAAGCUGCCUGACGAAUAUGUGUUGCAACAUCACUCCAUGGACGCUUAUUUGCUGCUGCGCUUCCUCAAGUUGAUCACUAUUAUCGCCUUUGUCGGCUGUUGCAUGACAUUCCCAGUCUUGUGGCCCGUCAAUGCUACCGGUGGUGGAGGAGGGCAGCAAUUCGAUAUGCUGAGCAUUGCCAACAUCUCCCACCAGUAUGGUCGUUACUUUGCGCACGCCUUCAUUGCCUGGUUCUUUGUGAUGUUCAUCUACUUCACUAUCACUCGCGAAUACAUCUUCUACAUCAACCUUCGUCAGGCCUAUUCUUUGUCCCCGGCCUAUGCCAACCGUCUUUCCUCACGCACUGUACUCUUCACUGCCGUCACCGAAGACUACCUAAACCGCGACAAGAUUCGCCAGAUCUUCGGUCCGGAAAAGGUGAAGAAUGUCUGGCUCAGUACGGACGUGAGUGAGCUGGAGGAGAAAGUGAGUGAGCGCGAGGAUGCGGCCAUGAAACUUGAAGCCGCUGAAACCAAACUCAUUACCCUGGCCAAUAAAGCUCGUGCCAAAGAGCUUAAGAAGCAGCAGAAGCAGGGCAACACCGAGGAGACUCUUGAGAUUGAAUCCGGCGGCGUUGACUUUGAAGAAUCGGGCUCCGUUGCUGCACGCUGGGGCGUCAAACAAGCCGACAGACCCACGCACCGCCUCAAGAUGUUGAUUGGAAAGAAAGUGGAUACUAUCAACUGGGCAAGAGAGGAGAUUGAACGCCUCACUCCGGAGAUUGAUGAGCUGCAAGCCAAACACCGUGCUGGCGAUGCUAAAUUGGUUACUUCUGUGUUUGUUGAGUUCUACGUUCAGUCCGAUGCUCAAGGUGCUUACCAGUCCGUUGCUCACAACCUGCCUCUCCAUAUGGCCCCGAGGUACAUUGGUCUCGAUCCUACCCAGGUCAUUUGGUCCAACUUGCGCAUCAAGUGGUGGGAGCGGAUUAUCCGUUACACGGUCACGGUUGGAUUCAUCACCGCCUUGAUUGUCUUCUGGGCCAUCCCCACAGCCGUGGUCGGUGCCAUCUCCAACAUCGAUUACUUGAUAGAGAACGUGUUUUUCCUUGCAUGGCUCGGCGAUUUGCCACAAUGGAUCAAGGGUGUGAUUACUGGUCUUCUCCCGACUGUCGCCAUGUCUAUUUGGAUUUCGUUGGUCCCAGUUAUAAUGCGCUUCAUGGCCAAGCUGGGCGGUGCCCCCAGUCAAGCGGCGGUUGAGCUAACCACGCAGAAUUCCUAUUUUGCAUUCCAGGUGAUCCAGGUGUUCUUGGUCGUGACGAUAACUUCCUCCGCUUCAAGUGCGGCUGGCCAGAUCGUUCAGCGACCAGCCGAAGCGGCCAGUCUGCUGGCCGCUAACCUUCCCAAGUCGUCUAACUUUUACAUCUCGUACAUUGUUCUGCAAGGGUUGUCCUUUAGCUCUGGCGCUUUGUUGCAAAUUGGUGGUUUGAUCGUGGGCAAGAUUUUGGGCAAGUUGCUGGACACCACACCCCGUAAGAUGUACACUCGUUGGUCGUCUCUGGCUGGCCUGGGCUGGGGUACCGUCUAUCCCGCGGUCACCCUCUUGGCUGUCAUUGCCAUCACAUACUCCUGCAUCGCACCCCUGGUUAUGGGAUUCGCUACGAUUGGCUUCUAUCUUUUCUAUUUUGCCUACCGCUACAACAUGCUGUACGUGUCUAAUGCCGAUAUCGACACGCAGGGUAAGGCGUAUGUUCGUGCUUUGCAGCAUCUCACGGUGGGCUGCUAUCUGCUGGUUGUCUGCUUGAUCGGCUUGUUCGCCAUCGGAACCGCAGACGAUCAAAUCGCUCUUGGACCUCUGAUCCUGAUGGUCAUUCUUCUUAUCUUCAUGAUCUUGUACCACAUGUCUCUCAAUAAGGCAAUGGAGCCUCUCGUCAACUACCUGCCCAAGAACCUGGAGGCUGAGGAGCAGAGUCUCCUUUCUCCCAGUGAACAAUCGACCUCCAUGAACAGCAAUGGAGCAGUGGACGGCGAUUCCGCCGAAAAGGCCAUUUCGCCUACCAUCGUGUCUGAUGAAAAGCCCGUCAACUUUCUCUCCCGCUACUUGCGUCCCGACAAGUAUGACAGCUACUACCAGUUGCGCCAGUGGGCGCCUAAAGCUGACGACCUCCCUCCGUAUACCCCUAAUACCGAGGAAAACGCCUAUUAUCACCCGUGUAUCAACGCCAAGGCUCCUCUUCUCUGGAUCCCUCGUGAUCCUCUUGGUAUCAGUAAGCAGGAGGUCGCACACACGAGCAAGGUGAUUUCAAUUACGGAUGAGGAUGCUUGGCUUGACGAGAAGAACGCUCUCCAGUGGGACGUUGACAAGGGUGCUCCUCCGAUCUAUAAGGAGAAAAUUUACUAUUAA